UUCCCGAGGGAGUGGUCGUAAUUAAGCCGCGUGGCAAUACCCGCCAAAAACAAAGGACUCUUUGAUUUUUAGGGGCGGGGCCUUUAUCCAGGGGAUAAUUAUUAAGCGUACUUAAUUAUUCAGCGUACUAAAUUUAAGGUUGUUCCAUCUUUUUUUCCGGGAAUCGUGUUACGUAAGAAUACUAAUUAAGUUAAGAUAAUAAUACUAAUAAUAAAGGGCUGCUUCGCUAGGGCCUAUAAAUAGAAGCUUCUCUCUAUUUGACAAAGUAGAAGUCGGAAAGAAAGUUAAGAGAGAUGGAUGAUAUGGAGAUCUAUAACAGACUGGCGAUCCUUCCACAAGAAAUCCAAGCCGCGGAAAACGAAAAGCUCCAAUGUGAGCAAAUGCUUGGGUUGUUCUGGGAGCACCCGCCUGCUCUCGAUCCAGAGGUCGUAGGCAGGCGGAUGCAACUUUUACGGAACCGCAUUCGCGAUCUGGAACACAGGAUUUCUGGUCUCCUGCAGGAGCAGAACUUCCUAAUUGUGUGUGCUAUCGAACACGGUCGCCAGCGCCACUAGAACCACUCUCUUCUAAUAUUUAAAUAAGGAGUCCGUCGACCCAAAUGCAUGGCUUUCUUUGUUCUCUUUUUUUCUAUUUCUAUGGUUCACGUACUAUGUUAUUAGUGAACUUUGUAUUGUGUGGGGGUCUACGGUGUGUGUAGGCUUCCUAUUUUAUGUAUGCUUGUAAUGCUUCUGCUUUGUAAAAUAUUCCUUUUAUUUAAUAUCCGGUCUUCAUCUUCCUUAGAUUAGAUGCUACUUCCUUCGUCUAACGCACUGCCCCACAGAUAAUCAAAGUCUGUAAUAGCGGACGAUUCUAUCAAACCCUAAAGUAGAAGAAAAAGUAGAAGAAAACCUACGAAACCAUAAAGCUUCCCUCCUGUUUGGUAACAAACAGAAAGAUACCAUUGAUAUCAUUGGACACUAAAGGGUAAAACUUUGCUUUGUGCUGUUCACAUAGUCGACUGGGAAGUAUACCGGAAAAUCUCAUUAAUCUUAGUAUGGAAGAGUUUUCUUUUUACGAAGCGAGAGGAAAAGAGUCACCGGCAAAGUCUUAACUAAACCCUGAAAGCCUCAAUCUUCACUUCCUUCAAGGCCUUCUCAUUAGUAGGGGCCGAUCUGACUCCAUAUUGCUCAACGUGUCGCUAAGCAGAAUCUCACUUCUUUCCAUCCGCUAAUGGACCUAUGCUCGACCAUCAACUCUGACAUCCAUAAGUAGAUUAGGAGGCAUCUUCUCUUUCCUUGUACGUUCCAGCUCGCUUCGUCUGCUUCAGGAAGAAGGUAUAAAGUGUAUCUACCUUCAACAGCACAUCACUACAUACCAACAUUAGCCCUAACAUCUCGUUAAGCCACCCACACCGAGAUCGACAGUCAAAGGAAGAAGGAGAUAUUUCCGGUUACAACUCAAAACGACACUGUUUCACUAAAUGAACCAAAACUGGGCCAACACAAGGCUCAGCUCUCCUAUGACUACAAGACAUAAGCCCAAGACGAGUUUUGUCUACAAACCGAAGCCCAAAGUCUCCUCUGUCUUAUUUAUCACUUAAAACAAAACCAGAGCUGAAGCCAUGAACGUACAGCGACGUCAUUCUCUGCCACAGUACAGCGGCUCAAAUCCCACUUCUAACCGUUACCAUACGCUCCAAGCUUUAGAGAUCUGCUAAGAUGAAGACACGUAGCAUUAGAGAAGGCUUCACCUCAAAUUUUGUAUUAAAAACAGGGAAACAAUUAUUAAGAGAUGUUAAGCCGAAAUGAAAGAAUAAAUUCAUAAUCUUUCCUCAUUGAGCAUUUAUUACCUUUGCUUACAAAGGGAAGACCCUCUUCAAAGAGAGUGCAAUGACUUUCUGGUGAGACUUUCCGUUUCACAGUUCCUGAAUCAACAAAGUUUUCCUUUUCUCUUCGAUUUGUUGAGUCUCGGAUCACUUUUCUUCCUCAACAAUGGCGAAACGGAACUAGAAAUCGAGAAAGAAGAGAUCGGCAUCACCACCAGUUUCACCUGAGCAUACUCCGCUCUGGAAGUAACCUUACCUAGUGGAUCAAGGUUUUCUACAGCUCAGAUCCUCCCCAGCACACUCCAAUGGUUUGUGUUGCCGAUCGCAGCUUCGUUGUCUCAGAUUCACCAGAUAAUGUUUCUAGCCCUUAUUAUCUUCGGUGAUCAUCCGGGUCUGGCUCAACUCUUAAUGGAUCUAACUAUGCUGGACUUUGUAUAUGUUGACUGAAGCGCUCUUUUAUUGAUGGUAGUCUGCCUCGUCCUAGCCUAGAUGAUCUUAUUAUAAGUUAUAAGAUCUGGGUAAGGUGUAAGAGUAUGGCGAAAUCCUGGAUUAUGAAUACUAGAGAUAUCUCGAUCUUAUAUAUGCAAGAUACGGCAACGGAAGAAAUUAAGGAAAAAAGGUUCUAGCUCUCAAGUUCCAGUCUGAGCUACUGAAUGAUCCAAAAUGAAAAGAAAGAUUUUUA